AGCUAAAAAGAAAAGAGCAAAAUUUGCCCAUUUACAAAACCUAUAGAUUCCAAAAACAACAUUACAAUAACCUCCAAGGACUACUCACAAAAACCCAAAACAAUUAAAAAAAAAGAAGUAAAAAUCAUUACACUUUUUAAAACGCAUGCCACAAAGCACCAAAACAGUUCCAUUCCCUUCAUUCCAAUUUCAUUUCAGUAUUCUCAAAACCCUCACCCUUCUUCUCACCUUAAAUUUUUUUUAUUUUAAUUCGCCGGAAAAAAUCUCCGGCAUGUCGAACAAUCAAACGGAGGGAUACGCCGAUGAUUUUAUCGAGCAAAUUCUCGCGAUUCCUUCUUACACUGGUUUGCCUGUAGCUGAUGUUGGUAAUACUCCGUCAGAUACGGCGUCGUUUAACUCUUCUGGUGGUGGUAGUGCUGGAGGUGGUGGAGUAUUACAGCAGCCGUUGUUUCCAUUGGGAUUAAGCUUGGAUAACGGACGUGAUGACGUCAGUGAUGCUGGUGGUGCUUAUGCAGUGAAGCAUGAAAGAGAAGGGAUGAAUAUAGGGAGUUUAUAUGCAGGAUUAGAGCAUUUGCAAUCUCAUGCAGUUAGACACUCUGUGCCUCCUGUUCACCAUGUCCAGCCCUUUCAAGGCCCACCAACAACUAGCACAACAGUAACUGUACCGCAGCCACCUUCAAUUCGUCCCAGGGUUCGAGCUCGAAGGGGACAAGCCACAGAUCCACAUAGCAUUGCUGAGAGGCUGAGAAGAGAGAGGAUAUCAGAAAGAAUAAAGGCUUUGCAGGAACUGGUACCCAGCUGCAAUAAGACAGAUAGGGCUGCAAUGCUUGAUGAGAUUCUGGACUAUGUGAAGUUCUUAAGGCUUCAGGUUAAGGUACUGAGCAUGAGUAGGCUGGGAGGAGCUAGUGCGGUAGCACAACUUGUUGCUGACAUUCCAUUGCAAUCUGUGGAGGGGGACAGUGGUGAAAGUAGAUCCAACCAGCAUAUAUGGGAUAAGUGGUCCAAUGCCGACACAGAACGAGAGGUUGCUAAGCUCAUGGAGGAAGAUGUUGGUGCUGCCAUGCAAUACCUUCAGUCUAAAUCACUCUGCAUCAUGCCCAUAUCACUAGCUGCCCUGAUCUAUCCUACUCAGCAACCGGAUGACCAGUCACUGGUCAAGCCUGAACCGGCAGCCCCAUCAUAGACCUCCAAUGUGCUGCACGUGCCUCUGAGAACUCCUAAUAGCCUUGUGUCCCACCCUUCUUUGUAUCCUUACCCUUACCUACCAUCACUUUGUAUUUUCCUCUGUAAUUGGUGGCAAUGCAAUCAAUGUCAGAUGCCACAACUUUUGCUUUUAGCUCAACCAUUGGCCCUUUUCUAUUACCUUUCUGGAGUUUUGUCGAACAAGGCAUGAUGUCAUACCUUGUACAAAGGUAAACGUAUGAAAGCACCCAAUCCUCCCUUUAUCCCUUUGCUUAGUGGAUGGUGGGGCCGUUGUAAAAGUAACCAACUGGUGGUUGUAAAGUAUAAUGUAAUCUUAGUAUAUUAUUGUAAUGGAUAGUUGAAGUUGCUCUCCCCCCAAACAAUUCUGAAAAUAUGAUUAGUGCCUUUGCUGUA